AUGUUAAUCUAUGGAAAAAACCCCCUUAAAGAUGACAUCAAUGGUGUGACCAUGUUGAUUAAUUGGAUACCUCUUUUAUCAUUCUUUCAAUUGACCUCUAGAUCUAGAGUAGUUUUGAAAACAGUAAAAAUAAUGAAAAUUUUAAUAACAUUAAUAUUUAUAAUAUUAAAUGGAUUGAAUUUUGUUUAUGGAGAUUUGUCUCCACAAGAAAUUCAAACAUUAAUAUCAAAUCAUAACAAUUGGAGAUCAUCACCAGAUCCACCAUCGGCAUCACCACUAUCAGCCCUUACAUAUGAUUAUGGAAUGGCAACUACACUUCAAAAUCAUUUAAAUACUUGCUCCUAUACAUUCUCUCCCUACUCUUCCUAUGGUAUAGUAUCAGAGUGGAUGUAUUGGUGGGAACCACAAUCCUAUUUCAAUUUACAAGGUAAUUUGGAUAUGAUUUGGGAGCAAAGAAAUUCAUUUGAUUGGAGCACUGGAACCUGCAAGUCUGGUGUAGUCUGUUUGCCAUGGGCCUAUGCCGUCUGGAAUACCACCACCAAGUUUGGAUGUGCCAAGGCCAAUUGUGGAAGUAGAGUCAUUAUUGCUUGUGACUAUAAUCCAGCUGGAGGUUUCAAUGGAAUCAAUCCAUACAUUCGUUCAUCUCUUCCAGUUACUCCAACAGAGAAACCAGUCAUUCCAACCGAAAAACCAUCCGAAUCCAAUUCAACCUCUCCACCAACUCAAUCUGGUAAUAUUAUCGAUUGGAGAGAUUAUCAAACUUCUGUAAAAGAUCAAGGUCCAUGUGGUUCUUGUUGGAGUUUUGGUUCAGUUGCUGCACUUGAAUCAAGAUAUUUAAUUAAAAAUGGUAAAUCACAAAUCAAAUCAAUUGAUUUAUCAGAACAGAAUGCAGUCAAUUGUCUGCCAAAUGGUUGUAAUGGUGGAUGGAUUAACAAGUUUUAUGAAACCUUUUCAACUCAGGGAGUAGCAUUGGAAUCUGAUGAACCAUAUCUUGGUUAUGUAGGAUCAUGUUCAUAUACUAAAAGUGGAUCGUCGAGAUUCAAAUUCAAUUCUUUUGGUAUCAUCCCAGCCAACAAUAAGCAAGCACUCAUCGAUGAAUUACAAAACGGUCCCAUUACAGUAGCCAUGUGGGUUGACGAUGAAUUCCAAUCCUAUUCAUCCGGUGUCUUUGUCUGUCGUACUCCAUAUAGAAAUACUAACCAUGUCGUUUUAUUGGUUGGUUACAACAAGAAUCAAGAUUAUUGGAUCGUCAAAAACCAAUGGAAUACUUAUUGGGGUAUCUCUGGGUAUGCCUAUAUCUCUGCUUCAAAUGAUAAUUGUUAUAUGAUGGGUUUUGAUAGUUAUUAUCCAAAGUUUUAA